UCAGGGUGUGAGGGAAGCAGCCACAGACCAGAAAGCCGUGGAGGUCAGAGAACUCAGACACAAAGAGAAAAGAAGAGACACAUUUUCCAAGGCGGUGGUGGGGUUGUUGAGGCAAUAUAUGCUUAUCACUGGAAGACGAGAACCAACGCCUAUCUCACUCCCCAAACAAUCAUGGUGCAGGAUGUCUAGACUGGGGACCCUGGGCGGCGUCCACGCCGGGCUGGGACUGUUGCUGGGCACUGCCGCCGGCCUUGGAUUCCUGUGCAUCCUUUACAACCAGCGAUGGAAACGGUCCCAGCGUCAGAGCCGGAGCCAGAGCCUGCCCAACUCCCUGGACUAUGCGCAGACUUCGGAGGCUGGACGUCAGGUGAUGCCAUUGUGGGCCAUGCCAGGUGAAGCUGGAGAUGCUGCCACACUGGCCAGCCUUCCACAGGCAGGUCAGGAGAAGGUGUUGGCCCGUUUGGACCUUGUGCUGACCAGUCUUGGGGCACUACGGCGGGAGGUGGAAGAGCUGCGGAGCAGCCUGCAGGGGCUGGCUGGGGAGAUUGCUGGGGAGGUCCGAUCUCAUAUGGAAGAGAACCAGAAAGUGGCUCGGAGGCGCCGGUUCCCAUUUUCCCGGGAGAGGAGUGACUCCACUGGCUCCAGCUCUGUCUACUUCACAGCCUCCUCAGGAGCCACGUUUAUGGAUGCGGAGAGUGAAGGGGGAUAUACAACAGCCAAUGCAGAAUCUGACUAUGAGCAGGACUCUGACAAGGAGAGUGAGGAUGGGGAAGAUGAAGUGAGCUGUGAGACCGUCACGAUGGGAAGAAAGGAUUCUCUGGACCUGGAGAUGGAGGUAUCCUCGAGUCCAGGGCCUGGCGCCCUGGAGGCUGAAGGCUCUUCAGGCCCGGAGGAUAUGCUGCCCCUCCUGCAGCAGGUCGACGAGCUGCACCAGGGCAGUGAGCAGGACAAGCAGGAGGGCUUCCAGCUGCUGCUCAACAAUAAGCUGGCGUAUGGAAGCCAACAGGAGUUUCUCUGGCGCCUGGCUCGGGCUUACAGUGACAUGUGUGAGCUCACCGAGGAGGCCAGUGAGAAGAAGUCCUAUGCCCUGGAUGGAAAAGAAGAAGCAGAGGCUGCUCUGAAGAAGGGGGAUGACAGUGCUGAAAGUCAUCAGUGGUAUGCAGUGCUUUGUGGUCAGCUGGCUGAGUAUGAGGGCAUCCAGAGGCGUAUCCAGAGUGGCUUUAGCUUCAAGGAACACGUGGACAAAGCCAUUGCUCUCCAGCCAGGAAACCCCAAGGCUCAUUUUCUUCUCGGCAGGUGGUGCUACCAGGUUGCUCACUUGAACUGGCUAGAAAAGAAAACUGCUACAGCUUUGUUUGAAAACCCUCUCAGUGCCUCUGUGCAGGAUGCCCUCCAGAGCUUCCUGAAGGCUGAAGAACUACAGCCAGGAUUCUCAAAAGCUGGAAGGGUAUAUAUUUCUAAGUGCUAUAGAGAACUAGGAAAAAAUUCUGAAGCUAGAAGGUGGAUGAAGUUGGCCCGGGAGCUGCCAGAUAUCACCAAUGAGGAUUCAUCUUUCCAACAGGAGCUGGAAGAAUUAGAAGUAAUUUUAGGAGAUUAAUCACAUUUCAAUGGCUUUCUUGACUUGAGAGCUAACUAAAGUGGGGGAGGAAAAAAAAAAAAUCAAGCCUCCGCUGCUGCAAUGACCCUGCUGAGUUCAGGACACCAAGCGAAAAUGGUUUAGAGAGUAUCCUGUCAUCUGGGCCUGACUGCUAUCUGUCACCAUUCCCCAACCUCCUAUUUAUUGUACACAAGUUAAUUUAUUCUAAUCUUUUAGCUUAAUCUGAAAUUGGGGAUAUACUUAAAGCUUGGGUUUAUGCUGCUCUGAAUGUUGGAAAGAAAUCAAGACUUGGUCUACCCAUGGGGCUAAGUGUGGCCGCAGCCCAGAAGCUGCUGGAGACGAGGAUGAAGUAGCAGCGCUGCUUUCCAGCUGCCGCCAUGGAUGAAGGUCAGUGGGUGAAGGUCAGAGAGCCACAGCAACAAAGCAUAGCACAGAACUUGCCAUUCUAAUCGUCACUAAUACCCAACACCUGUAUCUACAGUCUUAAAACCACAGCCUACCUAGCAGGAGAAACAGAGGGGCCAGAACAGCUCACAGAUAUUGCCCUCUUGUUUCUCAUGUGGACUCUAUCUGUAUUUCCGGGAUGAGGGGACCAGACCACUUGACUUCCAGAGUUCUGGCAGCUUUCGGACUUGUGGGAAGUGACAGAGGGUUUAUGAAUGUACUUUGAAACAGUGAAGAGGUUCCUGGAACAUAUUUUGGUACAAACUUGAAAUAAACCAAAUUUGAUUAUAA